GACCCUGAACAGCUUCAGUUUACUGAAUUUUGUAAUGUGUUGCUACAAAACAAGCGAUUCGAAGUCCAGCCCCUGGCCAAGAGCUCUUUGACUUCUUUCAGGAUUAUCACUGAAGAGUCACCGAGGCCGUUGGAUUUUACUGCUGGCUGUUCGACAGCAGCCCGUAGUUGCUGGCAGCAACUACUGGUUGAAGUAUCUGCUGAGUCUCUUCCAAACCCACAUGACAGAAUUCACUGGCAGGCAGCUGCACUAUCUGUAAACUCCUCCAAGACUUGAUUGCACAAUCGUCUGCAAACUAUCGGCUUGGCAUUCUCCGAUUUACAGCAAACUUGUAAGAAAUUUAAAGGGGAAAAGUUUGGCAAAACUCUGAUCUGGCUGCAGUUAAACCUUGAAGUAAUUUCAAACACAGCGACCAAGGAAAGAUCGGUUGCUCUAUAACGAAGUGUUUACUUCUGACCGCAGUGGGCAUCAGCUCCGGAAGUGGUAACUCUGGGCGAGAUGGUCAGUGGAAGCCACAAUGAGUUAUCCGCAGUGCUGGCAAGCACCGGGCAAUUAUUGGAUCUGGAGCUUCAGUGCCAACAUUACAACACACCGCACUCCAACUUGCUUCCCACAACAGUGGCUGUAUUUCAACAUGCUCAUCAUUGCUUGCAAGCUGCUGCUAAUCCUCAGUGCCAGGAACUUGACAAUGAACACCAAUGCGACAGAUGUACAGUACAGCCGGUGGAACGACAAUGCUCACGAACAAGUCACCAUAAGUGUUUCUGCAAUUGAAGCCUCGGGCUGUAAAAGGGUAUACAAUAAACUCUGCACCGGGAGACUAGGCAUUGCAAUGAAAGGCCUCGGUGGGAUGGCUACUUUCGUGAUCAUCUUCAUCAUUGGAUACAUGACAGGUUACUAUGUGCACAGGUGCAAGUAGGCAUGGUGAAAGCAGGAAGCUACUUCAUGACUACAGCUAGAUCAAGAAUGCACCUCAUAAUCCUUCAGGUCUGACCUCUGCAGCUGCUGCUUGAAUCUAUGUGUAAAAGUUUUCAACCAGUCAAAGAGCAAACACGACAGGAUAAAAAAUAAUCUUUUUCCUUUUUACCUUUGGGUCCAAAAUGUAUUUGUCCAAAAUGUAUAAGUUGCUGGAGUUGUCAUUUACCUGACUGAUCUUGAUGGAAUUUGCUUUACUUUCUUUAAGGAAUAUUGUAGUUAUGGGGUUGUGUUGAGGAAAGUCACGGUUACAAUGAAGAGCCGUCAGUGACACAGGGGCAUCAGUACAAAGUCACCAGCAGCAGAAUAAAUUGCAGCAGUGCUAAUUUAAUGAUUUUUC